AUGAGCGAAGUGGCCGUGCCCAGUGGCUUCCGCUGGCUUUGGUUGCAUCAAGUGCACACCAGUGAAAGUGAGGGUGGUACCACCUCCUCCUCCGCGCCGGCGCCGUGGACGCUUCCUCAGUCGGAAGAGGCAGCAUUUAAGCUGAGGGGUCGGCAUGAGUGCCUGGGCAACUUGUUGCAGCGAGCAGCAGCGGGUAGCGCGCUCUCAACUGCACGGCAGCCCCCUCUUGAGACAACAGAGUUCGGCUUCCCAGGACCUUCUGAAGAAGGCCCGGUUCUCUUCUUUUCCGAGGGCCGGUUGCAGGGUUCCAAUGCUACCGGGGAGAUCACGGUGUCCGUGCCCCUACUCAUGGCCGACUUAGUUUAUUUGACUGCGAAAUCUCCCGACUCGGAGAGAAGCUGGUACUUGCUGGUUCUCGCACCACGGCCGUGUCCACAGAAGCCUGUAGAGGAUGAGCAUCCGGCGACAGAAUCUGGCGACAUGAUGCCGCUGAAGGACGUUUGGCUACUCUACACUGCGCCUGUGGAGCACAGUGACUUCCUCAGGCUUUUGUUCGAGUUCGGUGGCCGCGGUGCUCUGCGUUGGGAUCUGCACGAGUGCUACGCGGUGACAGAGAAGUCCCUCGGUGUUGGCGGCUGCGGCACGGUGUACCUCGGCCAGUCGCGGAUGCGCCUCCCAACGCCGAAGGAUUCAGCCAAGGUCGACAUCCCGGCCGUGCCCCAGGUCGCCGUGAAGAAGCUGAACAAAUCUGGUGGCGUCACCGAGGAGAUCAACAUCAGGAGCGAAAUCGAGUUUCUGGCAGUGGCACGGGGCCACCCCUGCAUAUCUGCCUUGUUCGGUGUCUUCUGCUUCCAUGAGGUGGGUGCAGCCGAAGGCAAGAGGGGUCCAUCGAUUCGGUGGACCAUCGUCAUGCCCUUGUACUCAGAGGGUGACUUGUUCGACUACCUCGCAGCCAAUGGCGCAAUGAAAGAGACGGCGGCAGUUACCCUCAUGCUGUGCCUGCUGUCGGCCCUGACCCAUCUCCACCGCUUAGGCGUUGUCCACCGGGAUGUGAAAGCCGAGAACAUCUUGCUGGCCAACAAUAAGGCCGUCCUAUCCGACGUUGGCAUCGCGGCAUUCUUGAAGGAUGACGAGGCCAUGCAGCGCAGAGUGGGAUCGCCGGGGUACGCUCCUCCGGAAGUUGUUACAGACCUCCCAUAUGACGAGAAGGUCGAUGUGUUCGGUGCUGGGGCCGUGCUUUUUUUUGCGUUGAGCAAUACGCUACCCUUUCCGGGGAAAACGCUGAAGAAGGUGCUUGAGCUGACGGCACGAUGCAAGGUGAAGUAUGAUCCAGCCCUUUUCGGUGAGUUUUCCGGUAGCAUCAUCCAGUUGCUGAAGGCGUUGCUGCAGAAGGAUCCGGCAAAACGGCCCUCGGCAAGGAAGUCCUUCAAGGCAUUGUGGACCAUGGCCAGCCAGAAGCCCGAAAUCGCCAGAAGCAACGUUGCCCGGAUGACUCUUCAGGCCGUGGACGAUUUUGACAGCUUGGUCGUGACCGGCCUCGAGUCGAUGAAGAGGGAGAGUAGGGAGAGCAGUGGCAAGCCCGGCUUGGAGAAGAAGGUCAUGCGAACCACAUCGGACCACGUGGUGCCGAAGAAGUCGGAUGCACUGGCCCCGCCUGCACCGGAGACCUCCGCGCAGGCGCCCCGAAAGCCCUCCAAGGAGUCCAAGGGGGCCUCCCCAACUGCGGAAAAGAAGCCGACCGUCGAGGAGCAAGGGCCAUCUACAUCGCCCAAAGAUAAAGCCGAGCUGGUUCCUACUCCUCCAUCGGGUCCACGACCGACCUCGAGUGGUGGCACUUUCUCUUUCCUGAAGAAUCGCUUUGGCUGGAGCAAGUCGUCCGGAGGUGGCGGAGAGAACUCGCAGGGGCUGAAAGAGUGA